AUGUCAGAAUCUGUCAACUACAUACUUCAUUUAUCGGUUGUGUUGCAGACUCCCAAGAAGUCACCAACAAAGACUAUCAAAGCUGAUUCUUAUGCAUCACAUGAAGUUAGGAGGCCUCAACUCUCACCUUCCUCUGUUACUGGGCAUCCUAUAACAAAAGAUGAUGGUAAGACAGCUGUAGGCUCUUCUCAAACGAGAGCUGGUGUUCAAAAACAAAGGACUUCCAAGAGGCAGAAGCUAAACAAUAAACAUGUCAAAAACCAUACCAUUCAGCAUGUUCGUACACCUAGCAUUGUGUUUGGUGAUGAAUGUGCAUUUUGCCAUUCCUUCAGGACCACUGAGGCGUCUGGGCCAAUGUGUUGCUACAAAGAUGGUAGACUCGUAGCUAUGGAGGAAGCAGGCCAAUCUCAUGUGACACAUGCACAUCAAAAGUGCAUUGAAUGGGCUCCACAGAUAUAUUUUUCUGGUGAUACUGUAAAGAAUUUGGAGGUGGAACUUAGACGUGCCUCAAAGAUAAAGUGCAGCAAAUGCGGGCUGAAAGGUGCUGCUCUUGGUUGUUACUUUGGGAGCUGUCCUAAAAGCUUUCAUGUGCCCUGUGCAGUUGAGAUCUUUGAUUGUCGAUGGGAUUGCGUAAAUUUCCAUGUGUUGUGCCCUAAUCAUUCUUCAGAAAAAUUGCCAUGUGAUGAUGAUGGGCGACUUGAAAAAUCUUCUGGAACUACACAUUUUCCAUCAGUUCAGAUAGAAUGUCGAAAAUCUUCGGGGAAGCUAACAGAACAUCAAAAUAGUGAACAUCACGCAGCUGCUGUUGGUGUUAAAAAUGAUAGAAUAUUUAUUGGAUCUGCUCUCAUGGAUUCAGAAAAGGAGCUACUGGUCAAGUUUGCUAGCUUGGUUGGUGGAACAGUGACCGAAAUGUGGAGACCAGAUGUGACCCAUGUCAUUGCUUCAACCGAUGAGAGUAGUGCAUACGGUAGAACGCACAAUGUCCUAAUGGCUAUUUUGACGGGGAAAUGGGUUCUCACUACAAAGUGGGUUAAGGUUUGCAUGGAGGCUGGGCAUUUUGUUUGGGAAGAACCCUAUGAAGUCCGCUUUGAUGUGCAUGGUUUUACAGAUGGGCCGCCCAUGAGAGGAAGGCUUGGAGCAAUGGAGAAGGCACAAAAGUUGUUCGCAGGUCUAAGUUUUCGUCUAAGUGAGCACUUCACUCUCUCAUGCAGACAGUCCCUAAAAGAACUUGUUGUCACUGCUGGUGGAGUUGUAUUAGAGGAUGAUAUCUUAAUUCCACAGGACCCUUUUGCGAUAGGAUUUCCAGCUCCCUGUUUUAUUUACAAUGAAGAACCUCCACAAGAAUAUGAUCCAAGAGGUCUUGCAAAGGUUAAAGAUGAGAGAUGUGAAGAGGCUAUUGACUUUUUUAAGAAGACUGGUGCUCGAGUUAGAGGCCACACCAGGGUUUUGGAUGCUAUUGCUGCUUUGGAUAUCCGAUAUUUGCUUAUGGAAAGUGCGCCUAAGGUAAAAAUGUUGAUGCUUUUGUUUUGUUGGCUGAGCUUGAACUUUAUGAUUCUCUCAGCAUGUACUAUGUCGUUUUUGUUGCACUUGUAGACAGUUGGAAGCACCAUCUGUAUAUAAUGCUACAUUUG